CUUCUUUUGUUUUUCUCUUUCUGUCUUCUUUCCUCUCUUUUAGAAUUCGUUCUAUAUUUAUUUCAGUGUAAUUCAGUUCCGCUCUCCACAUUUCGAUUCUCUGUCACUACUCUCCGGAUUUUACUUAGGAAGUUGAUUUCGCUUUCUGAUUCCUGGAUUUAUUUUGCUCUUGGUCCCUGAAUUCACAGUGAUAUUCAAUAGAUGAGAAUUCAACUUUUCAAUUCGCCGAUUUUUCUAUGUUUAUGAAAAUGAGCAAUCAUGUGACAUAGCUUGCUUUGAUCUCGCGGAAGCGAAGAUUGAGAGAUCUAAGCUUCCAGUUCUGCCAGAAUUUCUAGUUUAGAAUUCUAUUUCCCUCUUCUUUUCGCGUUUUCUCUUUGCAAGUGGUGUUUGUGUGGAAACUUGGUGGAUUGGAAGGGCGAAAAUGUCCAAGACAGUAUAUGAAGGAUGGAUGGUAAGGUACGGAAGGAGAAAGAUCGGCCGAUCGUUUAUUCACAUGCGAUACUUCGUGCUCGAGCCUCGACUUCUCGCGUAUUACAAGAGGAAGCCCCAAGAUAAUCAGGUCCCAAUCAAGACCAUGUUAAUAGAUGGCAAUUGUAGGGUGGAGGACCGGGGAUUGAAGACUCACCAUGGACAUAUGGUCUAUGUUUUAUUCGUUUACAACAAGAAGGAGAAGCACCACAGAAUCACGAUGGCAGCAUUCAACAUCCAGGAGGCACUGAUGUGGAAAGAAAAAAUUGAGUUUGUAAUCGAUCAGCAUCAAGAUUCCCAGGCUGUAAAUGGUAACAAAUAUUUAUCUUUUGAAUAUAAAUCUGGGAUGGAUAAUGGCAGAAUUGCGUCUUCAUCAGACCAUGAAAGUCAAUUCAGUGCUGCAGAGGAUGAAGAUGAUACUCGUCCAAAUUUACUGCGGAGAACAACAAUUGGAAAUGGUCCACCUGAAUCAAUACUCGAUUGGACUAAGGAGUUCGACUCAGAAUUGUCAAACCAGAAUGUCAACAAUCAAGCAUUUUCUGGAAAGCACUGGCGACUUCUUCAAUGUCAAAAUGUAUAUAAUGUGGCAGGACUCCGCAUUUUUGAAGAGCUUCUUGAAGUUGAUUACCUUCCAAGGAGCUGUACUAGAGCCAUGAAGGCUGUAGGUGUUGUGGAGGCUUCCUGUGAAGAAAUAUUUGGUCUGGUAAUGAGCAUGGAUGGAACACGAUAUGAGUGGGAUUGCAGUUUCCGGUAUGGUAGCUUAGUGGAAGAGGUAGAUGGGCACACUGCAAUACUUUAUCAUAGACUUCAACUCGACUGGUUUACCAUGUUUGUGUGGCCACGAGACCUUUGCUAUGUCCGUUAUUGGCGCCGGAAUGAUGAUGGAAGCUAUGUUGUAUUAUUUCGCUCUAGGGAGCAUGAGAACUGUGGUCCACAACCAGGUUAUGUUCGGGCUCAUCUUGAGAGUGGAGGAUUCAAUAUAUCCCCGCUGAAAUCAAGAAAUGGAAGGCCAAGAACACAAGUCCAACACCUAAUGCAGAUUGAUUUAAAGGGAUGGGGUGUUGGUUACAUUUCAGCUUUUCAGCAACAUUGUCUUCUUCACAUGUUGAAUAGUGUCGCUGGUCUGCGGGAAUGGUUUGCACAAACAGAUGAAAGGGGUUCCCGUCCAAGAAUCCCUGUUAUGGUGAAUAUGUCCUCAGCUUCUGUUUCUUCAAACAAAGGCCACAAGCUACAGGAUUCAUCUUGUCUUUCUGCCCCUUCUCUUGAUCAAAACAAUGCUGCAAGCAGAAACUCUGUGAUGAUGGAUGAAUUCUCAGAUGAUGAUGAAGAAUUUCAAAUAGCUGAAUCAGAACAGGAGGCUUAUACAAGUAGGUUGGAGAACGAGACCAAGAGAACAGCCGUGGAAGAAGAACCAGUUCAUCAAAUUGAUUUAUCAUGCUUUUCGGGUAAUCUACGACAUGAUGACCGUGAUAAUGCUCGUGACAGUUGGAAACUAUCUGAUGGGAAUAAUUUCAGAGUUCGAAGCAAGCACUUUUUUUAUGACAAAACAAAGAUUCCUGCAGGAAAGCAUCUAAUGGAUCUUGUUGCUGUUGAUUGGUUCAAAGACACUAAAAGAAUGGACCAUGUUGCCAGACGUCAAGGCUGUGCAGCACAAGUUGCCUCAGAGAAAGGGCUUUUCUCAUUGGUGAUAAAUCUUCAAGUUCCUGGUUCAACACACUAUAGUAUGGUAUUUUAUUUUCUCACAAAGGAGUUAUUACCUGGAUCGCUCUUGCAACGCUUUGUUGAUGGCGAUGAUGAAUUUCGGAAUAGCAGAUUAAAGCUUAUUCCAUCAGUUCCCAAGGGUUCAUGGAUUGUGCGGCAAAGUGUGGGAAGCACCCCAUGUCUGUUGGGCAAAGCAGUUGAUUGCAAUUAUAUCCGUGGUUCUACAUACUUGGAAAUUGAUGUCGACAUAGGUUCUUCAACUGUUGCUAAUGGAGUUUUGGGCCUUGUUAUUGGUGUAAUUACGACAUUGGUGGUUGAUAUGGCUUUCCUUGUACAGGCAAAUACUACAGAUGAGUUGCCAGAGCGACUAAUUGGUGCCGUCCGUGUUUCCCAUAUUGAGCUGUCAUCUGCUAUUGUUCCAAAGAUAGAUCCGAAUUCGAAUUGACAAAAAAGCAAUGACCAUAACUGAUUCUAUAGGAAAUCAUUUGUUCAGAUAUCUGUAGUCAAUUCUCAGUUUCAUUGUUUGUAAAUUUUCUUUCCUUUUCCUCUCCUCGGGGCUUGAAGGCGGAGAAGGGACAAGAAAUUGAGUUUCACUUCCAAUCGUUGCUUCCAAACAGGAGUUUCUCAUUCUAUACCGAAAGAAAGAGAAAAAAAAAAAUCAUUUUCUAAUUCCAGUAAGCAAUUUUUGCUAGCGUUAA